AUGCGAGGCAAGGACGAUGAGUACGAUUAUCUCUUCAAAGUUGUGCUCAUUGGGGACUCUGGGGUGGGGAAGAGCAACCUGCUGUCACGCUUCACCCGCAAUGAGUUCAACCUGGAGAGCAAGAGCACCAUCGGGGUGGAAUUUGCCACGAGGAGCAUCCAGGUGGACAACAAGACGGUGAAGGCUCAGAUCUGGGACACGGCCGGGCAGGAGCGGUACCGUGCCAUCACCUCAGCGUACUACCGGGGGGCGGUGGGAGCUCUGCUUGUCUACGACAUCGCCAAGUACCUGACAUAUGAGAAUGCCGAGCGCUGGCUGAAGGAGCUGCAGGACCACGCUGAUGCCAACAUUGUCAUCAUGCUGGUGGGCAACAAGAGUGACCUGCGGCACCUGCGGGCUGUGCCCACUGACGAGGCCAGGAGCUUUGCAGAGAAGAAUGGGCUGUCCUUCCUUGAGACAUCUGCUCUGGACUCCACGAAUGUGGAGAUGGCUUUCCACAACAUCCUCUCAGAGAUCUACCGCAUCGUGUCCCAGAGGCAGAUCACUGGGCAGCCGGAGUCAGAGUUUGGCCCCAGCACCACCAUUGAGCCCAUCCGGGUGCUGCCCACGCAGCAGGAGGGCCGGCAGACCCCCUGCUGCCAGAACAUCUGAGCCCCUGGACUGCCCCCACCGUGACGGUCCACCACCCAGCACGUGGUGGCAUCAUGUGUCUCACCCUCUGCCUCUGCCCCCCACAACCCCCUGAGCCAGACAGGCUGGCAGCUGCUUUUGUCUGCAACCUCACGCUGCCCAUGCGCUGCUCUCCCUGUGUUUAUGUAGGACCUACAAAAAUGGGGGGGGAGGCAAAGCAUCAGGGUGUCUCCCCUCUCUCCCCGUGAUUGGGGACAUGCCAUUCCCUGUGUCCCUGCUCCCUCUAGCCCUGCAGGCACAGUCACUGAGUGGCUGCGUGGCACUGAACAAGCCUGAACGUGAUGAGUCCCUGUUUGGUGACGCCCUGGGUGCAGCCCUGCAGGGAGGGGGACACCGGGUGCACCUUUCUCCCGCCCAGUGAAAGGAGCAGCAACAUGGCCAGUUGCACCCAGCCCUUCCCCUGUGACACCGAGGGCUGGAAGUGCCCCUGGGUGCUGCUAGGGACAUUGGGGUGGGGUGUGGGGAUGACACUGUUUUCAUGCUGUGACCCCUUCGAGGCAUGGCCCCAGCUGUGACUCUUCCAUGGAAAGAGAUGGGAGCAGGAACUG